AUGGCCUCUCAAACACUCGCCGAUCGGUAUGUGAUGACGAAAAAGUUGGGUGAUGGAACGUUUGGAGAAGUACUUUUAGCAAAAAAGAUCGAUACUGGAGAUAAAGUGGCGAUUAAAAGAAUGAAGAAAAAGUUCUACUCAUGGGAGGAAGCAAUGGCACUUCGAGAAGUCAAAUCUCUCAAGAAACUCAGUCAUCCAAAUAUUAUUAAGUUAAGAGAGGUAAUUCGCGAGAACGACAUCCUCUAUUUCGUCUUUGAGUUCAUGCAGGAGAACCUCUACGAAUUGAUGAAAGAUCGCGAUCGAUAUUUCCCGGAAAGUGUCAUUCGAAAUAUCAUCUAUCAAGUGCUACAGGGUUUACAAUUCAUGCAUAAAAACGGGUUUUUUCAUCGAGAUAUGAAACCGGAGAAUAUAAUGUGCAAUGGAACGGAGCUUGUUAAGAUAGCCGACUUUGGGCUCGCACGCGAAAUCCGAUCGAAGCCACCCUAUACGGAUUAUGUGUCCACACGGUGGUAUCGUGCUCCCGAGAUCCUCCUCCGCUCGACUGCCUACAAUUCACCAAUCGACGUUUGGGCCCUAGGCUGUAUUAUGGCCGAAUUGUAUAUGUUGCGUCCAUUGUUCCCAGGCACUUCCGAAUUGGAUCAACUCUUCAAAAUCAUCACGAUUCUCGGAUCACCGACAAAAGAAGAAUGGGCUGAAGGCUAUCAAUUGGCGGCGGCGAUGAAUUUCCGUUUCCAAAACACGCCCGCCACACCAAUGGAGCAAAUCGUGAACACGAUUGGAAAGGAUGGAAUGAAGCUAAUGAUGGAGAUGAUGAUUUGGAAUCCGGAGAAGCGCCCGACUGCCACACAGUGCCUACGCAGCCGAUACUUCCAAGUGAACGAGAAAUUGGGCGCUCCGGUGAUGUCUCAACCGGCGCCUGGAUCGAUUCGAAAAAAUUCGGCUGGCUCAACGCAAAGCGAUACGAAAAUCGUGGUGGCACAGAAAAAGAGCUCGAUGUCAAACACGGAGAACAUUUCCCCGCAUGGACGUCCUCCAAUCGAACACCGACAAAUCAAUCGAAAUCUUCCGCUCAAUAAGACACAAUUGUUUGAUAAAUUGGAGGACACGAUGCGCUCGGAGAAGUCUAUGAAGACUGGUGGCAGUGGGGGAGGGGCCACGAGCGGGAAAAAGGCGCCAGCCAAAGAUUUCUACUUGUCGAAGAGUCGAUAUGUGCCGGGUUAUCGUCCAAAUUUUGGCGCUCGUACAUUAAACAACAACACAACGGCGAAUGUUACGGUCAAAGAGGGCAAUGGAUCGGCCAAGAGAACUGAUUGGACGGCAAAG